GUGUGUCUGUGGGCCACUAAAAUCAGCACCAUGAAGAUCCUGGUCUUGGUAUUGAUUUGUCUACACCUCUCAGAAGGUGUGGAAAGAAUCAUUCUGAAGAAAGGCAAGUCCAUCCGCCAGGUAAUGGAAGAGCGGGGUGUAUUAGAGACAUUCCUGAAGAACCACCCAAAGGUUGAUCCAGCCGCCAAGUAUCUUUACAGUAAUGAUGCUGUUGCUUAUGAACCUUUCACCAAUUACCUGAAUUCCUACUACUUUGGAGAGAUCAGCAUUGGGACACCGCCACAAAAUUUCCUGGUCCUCUUUGACACAGGCUCCUCCAACCUGUGGGUGCCCUCCACCUACUGCCAGAGCCAGGCCUGCUCCAGUCACAACAGGUUCAACCCCAGCAGUUCCUCUACCUACAGAAACAAUGGGCAAACCUAUACACUGUAUUAUGGAAGUGGCAGCCUGACUGUGCUCCUGGGAUAUGACACUGUUAAUGUUCAGAACAUCGUCAUCAAUAACCAGCUAUUUGGUCUGAGUGAGAUUGAGCCCAGCAAUCCCUUCUAUUAUGCAAACUUUGAUGGUAUUCUGGGAAUGGCCUACCCCAACCUGGCAGUGGGGAAUGCCCAAACAGUCAUGCAGAGCAUGGUGCAGCAAGGCCAGCUCACCCAGCCCAUCUUCAGUUUCUACUUCUCUCGCCAACCAACCUAUAAGUAUGGUGGGGAGCUCAUCUUGGGAGGUGUGGACUCCCAAUUUUAUUCUGGUGAGAUCGUCUGGACUCCUGUCACCCGGGAAAUGUACUGGCAGAUUGCCAUCGAUGAGUUUCUCAUUGGUACCCAGGCCACUGGCUUGUGCUUCCAAGGCUGCCAGGCCGUUGUGGAUACAGGGACCUAUGUGCUAGCUGUUCCCCAGCAGUUCAUGAGCUCCUUCCUGCAGGCAACCAGAGCCCAGGAGGCUCAGAAUGGUGAUUAUGUGGUCAACUGCAGCUCCCUACAGAGCAUGCCCACCAUUACCUUCGUCAUCAGCGGGACCCAAUUACCUCUGCCUCCCUCUGCCUAUGUCUUCAACAAUAAUGGCUACUGCACGCUUGGGAUUGAGGCCACUUACCUGCCCUCCCCCACUGGGCAGCCCCUGUGGAUUCUGGGAGAUGUUUUCCUCAAGGAAUAUUACACUGUCUACGACAUUGGGAACAACAGGAUGGGUUUUGCUGUCUCUAAGUAGACUAGCAAGAGGCAGCUGUCUCCAACCUCCCAGCAGAACUCUGGGAUUGCCCUACUGUUUCUCUGGGCUGACAGCAGCAUUUUAGACUAGUCUGAUCCCUCUGUGCACUAGAAUCUUACUUCCUGCAACUAAUAAAUCAAGAAUCUCCAAA